GCAGCAAAGGAGGGCAAUUGCGUUGGACAUUGAUCCUUUUUAUUUGUUUUGGCCAGUGAUUUGUUCUGGGAGUUGACUGCGGGAGUGUGGCUGGGAGUCAGUAGGAAGAACCCCUGAGGGCUGUGAUGAGCUGGCUUCCAGCUGAGCACCACCCUGGCGUUGUCCAGUAAAGCCUUCUGUGCCCGGGCACUGCUUGCUGCUUUGGGAGAUGAGCUGAAUCGGAAACUCCCACUGGAAUAGGCAAGUCUGUCCCUUUGGGAGUACCUGCUGUGAUGGGGGAGCUCUUGGCUGAGGGCAGACGGGAGCAGAGGAGUAUCUGGGAGAGAACCUGGAGUUGAGCUUGGGUGGCUGUGUUGAUGCCCUGCUGAUGGCACCGGGCACCCACCCAUUCCCCAGUCCCAGUAUGCCAAGUGGGAAUUAGGCUCAUGAUUAAUUGGCUUACAGAGUGCUGUUACCUCUUGCCCUUGUUCCUGCAGAAUUCAAACCUGAGCUCCCUGCUUUUGUCUGGCCGGGGCAUGAAAUGAUGAGGCUGCAGGUUCCUGCCAGAAGUUCAGUAGAAGGUCAAUGCGAUUUUUUUCCCAGUAAAAAUGUCACUUAAAUCGGCAUUUCUCUAACAGCAUCAUGUGUUUAAUGUCUCUAUGACUUGGCAGAUCCUGUGCAUAUAUUUUCCAGCUCCCAUGGAAGGUGCUUGUGUUGAAGAGGGGGAGUUGCAUAAUAGGUUUUUGAGAAGUGAUUAUUGUUUUACCAGUUCUGAAGAUACCACAAGGUGCAGACUGCCAGGGAAGUGUGUUGUGUCAUCUCUUGACCCUGAUUCGCUGCAAGAGGAUAAAAAAUAAUGUUUGCUAUGAAGCCGUACGCUCCAGCCUUCAUUCUCCUGUGGAGUGCUGUCGGGAUAGCGAGGGCUGCCAAAAUCGUUGUUGUGCCGCCAAUUAUGUUUGAAAGCCAUCUUUAUAUUUUCAAGACUCUGGCCUCAGCCUUGCAUGACCAAGGUCACCAGACAGUGUUUCUCCUCUCUGAGGGCAGAGAGAUUCCUCCAUCUAAUCACUACAGACUUCAGCGCUACCCAGGGAUCUUUAACAGCAGCACCUCGGAUGAUUUCCUCCAGUCCAAGAUGAGGAGUAUCUUCUCGGGGAGGCUGACUGCCCUCGAGCUGUUCGAUAUCCUGGACCACUAUUCCAAGAACUGCGACAUGAUCGUCGGCAACCGAGACCUCAUGCGUGCCCUCAAACAGGAAAAAUUUGACCUGCUCCUGGUAGAUCCCAAUGAGAUGUGUGGAUUUGUUAUAGCCCAUCUUUUGGGGGUUAAAUACGCCGUGUUUUCCACUGGCCUCUGGUAUCCAGCAGAAGUGGGCGCUCCAGCUCCCCUGUCCUACGUUCCAGAAUUUAACUCGCUGCUCACAGAUCACAUGAACCUAUUCGAGAGGAUUAAAAAUACUGUUGUUUAUCUUAUUUCAAGAUUUGGAGUCAGUUUUUUGGUUCUGCCAAAAUACGAAAGGAUAAUGCAGAAACACAAGGUUCUUCCAGAACGUUCCAUGUAUGACUUGGUCCACGGAUCCAGCCUGUGGAUGCUUUGUACUGAUGUAGCGCUGGAGUUCCCAAGACCGACGCUACCCAACGUUGUUUAUGUGGGAGGAAUCCUAACGAAGCCGGCCAGCCCCCUGCCAGAAGACCUCCAGGCGUGGGUGAACGGCGCUCACGAAAACGGCUUUGUCCUCGUCUCCUUCGGCGCUGGGGUCAAGUACCUGUCGGAAGACAUCGCCAAUAAGUUGGCACACGCCCUGGCAAGGCUGCCCCAGAGGGUUAUCUGGAGGUUUUCAGGAAACAGACCGAGGAAUUUAGGCAACAAUACCAAGCUUAUCGAAUGGUUACCACAAAAUGACCUCCUUGGUCACUCUAACAUUAAAGCUUUCCUCAGCCACGGAGGCUUGAACAGCAUUUUCGAAACCAUGUACCACGGGGUCCCAGUGGUGGGCAUUCCCCUCUUUGGAGACCACUACGAUACCAUGACCCGUGUGCAGGCCAAAGGCAUGGGAAUACUGCUCAACUGGAAGACCAUGACUGAGAGCGAGCUGUACGAAGCCCUAGUCAAAGUUAUUAAUGACCCCAGCUACCGGCAGCGGGCGCAGAGGCUGUCUGAGAUCCACAAGGACCAGCCUGGACACCCCGUGAACCGGACUGUGUACUGGAUCAAUUACAUCCUGCGCCACAACGGAGCCCAGCACCUCCGUGCCGCCGUUUACAGCAUCUCCCUCUUUCAGUAUUUCUUACUGGAUAUUGCCUUGGUCCUGCUAGUGGGUGCUGCCUUACUUUACUAUGUUGUGGCCAGGAUGACCAAAUUAAUCUGCAAGCAGAGCAAACAUCUCUGGUGCAAUGACAAACAUAGCGCUGUUAAUGGACACUACCAGAACGGGAUCCCCAAUGGCAAGUAUAGAAGAAACGGCCACAUUAAGCAUGAAAAAAAGGUGAAAUGAGCCAACAGCCCCGUGUAAAGUAGCAAUGAAUCAGAUCAGUAAUCGAAUUUUAUCGCUGUAACUUUAGUCUAACAACUACUUAAAACCUCAGUAAGCAGUUCUAACACUCCCCUUCAGUAUGUAAUAUUAUGUGACAAAAUUCUACGGAACUAAGAGAAGUCUUGAGGAAAAAAAAAGAAAAAAAAAAAAGGCAAGCACAACCUAAAAUGGAAAAUAUUUUAUUCUUAAUACUGAUGCAGAGAGGUUAUUUUGGCACUGAAGUUUUUAGAAGCCUUAAUUCUCUAAAGUUCUAUACAAUGACCGUAUUUAUGAAUUUUCAGCUUUUAAAAGCUCAGUGUGUGUGUCCCAAAUGAGGAGAGGUUUCUUUUUAUUUGCAGAGGUGUUCUCCUUUUAUUUUUUUAUCGUUUUAAUAUCUCCAUCCUUUUAGCUGAGGCAACUCUCUAGUGCUAGUUCUGUGUUUCCUUUGUGGAAGGUUUCAACCCGUUGUGCACAAGAAUUGCUGUUUAAAACACAAAGGAUUUCCCCCAGUCUUUAGGCGAGAAAUAGCAAGUGGUGGACUGAGAACACAGAGGUUAAAAAAAAAAAUUUUAAGAAAAGGAAAUCAUCUCAAUGAGCACUGAAGAAAAAUGGCAAAAAUAUGUAUUUGUUUUACUGAUAAAGCUGCAUGACUCUUCUGCUCGCUACCAGUACUUUGGAGAAAAGGGUUCUGAGCAAGUCCACAGUGUGUCCUAACUUUAACCGAGACAAACUUUGAUUUGUCGCCUUUCUCUGCAUACAGAAUUUAUGCCACGAAAUUACUAGGGAGUCUUAUUUCAGUUCCAAAUACGGCUGUGUGGGAAGUAGGUUUGCAUAAUUAAGCAAAAUAAGUGAAACAACAAAACGAAAGAGCAACAAAAAAGGAAAAGGAAAGAAAAAAAAAAAAAAAAGGGACUUGUAAAAACCUAGCCCUGAGCUUAGUGCAGAAGGUUUUGUAAUUGGCCCAGAGCUGUGCAGACUGGAACCGCUCCUGGGGGUUUGUUCCGAGGGAACAACCCCCACACAGCGCUCCCCCCGCGCUCCCCCCCCAGAGUUGAAUGUCUUUCCUGUUAAUUCUCAUUAAGUUCUUUCUGAAUCGCAAUGUUGUAGAUGUUCUCUUUCAAUGGUUGUAUCUGGAAAAACAGAAAUAUUACCUUCUAUUAGUCUGGGCCACGCAAUCCAUGUUCCGCCUAGUUGCCAAUAGGAAUUCCGCGCCGCGGGCGGUGUCCAGCCGUCCUGCCCGGGGCUGGUGGGGGAUGUGUGUGGGGUGAGGCCUGGCCACCUGGUGAGUGCAGAGGUGGCCCCCUGUCCCCUCCCCCCUGCCCUCCAACCAUCUCCUUCAAUCAUUGUCGCCGACACGGGACGCCGGCGGUGGUGCGCGCUCCCGGGGCGGGAAUGCCGGCCGUGGAAUCGUUGCUUGCCCUGCUGAACCAAAGUUGGCAACUCUGAGUUUUAUUUCCAUGUCAUUCUGUUUACUUGGAAUUUGCACUACACACGUUGUGAGUGUACGCUUUAUUUAUUUGUAGUUGGAGGUGCCGUGGCUGAAAGAGAAAGGAGGGAAGCCCGUUUUUUGCCUUGUGUCGCUCACUAACAUGGGAGGAGUUGGGAUGAUGACGGGAUGCUGAGCUCAUCUUCAUACACAGUGAUGCAAUAUUUCAUCACCAUUCCAUCAGGAGCCUCGGUCCUACAGCAAUAAAUAACAGUGCAGAUACGUUUCUAAUACGCAGGGCGGCUACUCGUGCUGCUCUCUGAAUACUUGAAGAUAAAAAAAAAAAGAAAAUGGUAUUAUAAAUAUAAGCCUCUUUAGCUAUACCUUUUUACAAUCUCGCAGCCCGUGGCAACUACAGGAGCACACAGAGGCGAUGAAUGGUGGGAUGGUGAGAAGACUUCGAGUGUAUGAAUGACUUGGUUUAGAAUGUGGGGGUUUUUUUGGCAUUAAAGAAGGUACAAAAGCACUGACCGGAUGAUUAAGCAUAAUUUAAUCUCCACUGUGAUAAAACUUAAGCAAUAAACAUGGAUUUAAUAGAGAAA